AUGCGGGUCUUGGAUGCGACGGCCAACCGUCUGAAAAGCAUAGAGGCUGCGCUACUGCGGCUGGACGGGCUCACGAAGCUGUGCCUGCGGCAGAACCUGCUGACCUCCGCAGAGGAAGUGGAGGCGCUGGCCUCCGCGCCCUGUGAGUUUGUAGGCUGGAGAGUCCCGAACUUCCGCGGCUUUUUCUCCUUGACAAACUUGGACAUGUCUUACAACCAGUUUGUGAGCCUCGAGGCAUUGUCCAGCCUGCCUGGGCCCAGGCUGACGCACCUGUACUGCGCUGCCAACAAGAUCGCUUCCAUGGAGGGCAUCGCACACCUCGAAAGUCUGAGAGUCCUGGACCUUGGGAGCAACCGCUUGCGCUGCAUUGAGGGGCUGGAAGGGAUGUGCCUGCUGGACAGCUUGUGGCUGGGCCGGAAUCGGAUCACUCAGAUCAAUGGGCUGAGCAGUUUGAGCCGCCUCAUCCGUCUGUCCCUGCAAAGCAACCGCCUGGCCAGGAUAUCAGGGUUGAGUGGGUGCACGGCACUCGAAGAGCUGUACCUAAGCCACAACGGGCUGACCACCCUGGAGGGCCUUGAGGGCUUGGCCAACCUCCGCAUCCUGGACGUGGCCAACAACAGACUGACAUCCCUGGCCGGCCUCCAAGGCUUCCCCCAGCUCACCGACCUGUGGGCCAACGACAAUCAGCUGGCGUCGCUCGACGAGGCAGGGGCGGAGCUGGAGCAUGUCCGCGACAGCCUCACCUGCCUCUACCUGGGGGGUAAUCCCUGCGCAAAAGAAACCCAGUAUCGCCUGAGGCUGGAGCAUACCCUGCCCAACUUGGAACAGCUGGACGAUUCCGUGCUGAGGGGUGCGUGA